AAGUCUGUUUUGAGAAGAAGUUACAGUCAAGCCUUUAGCAUCCCCCUGAAUAGCUGCAUAAUUCACAGGGAUGGCUCUAAUCGCUUUAAGCUCUUUGCAUUUGACAGAAAAUUCAGAGUAAUUCCGCAGAGAGGUGUCGCUUACAGCCACUGAGCCGAGAGAGGACAGAGCUUCAGGUGCUUAACGGCUUCUCAGGUGUGCUGGAGCCCAGUUUGGGGAAAAGCGGUCUCUUUUGUCAUUUGGUUUGGCUGACAUCCUUCACGAUGAUUUCCGACGUGCUGGCAGUCAGCGUGGAAUCCAUACCCUGUACUUUCAUAACUUCGCACACGCCGAACUCUGCACGAGCACCGCGAGAUGCCACAAAGGCACAGAAACAUUCCGGCGCCGCCAGGAAAACAAAAGCAAAAGAGGAACCGCAAUGAGCCCGGCGCUCAGCCGGUGCCCAGCUGCAGCCUCCAGCUCCCAGCCCUGCCCUCCCGGCCCGGGGCAGCGCUCAGACGGGCGGGUCUUCACCGCCGCCCGUUGCCUUUCGCUCUGGGAGGCGGUCCGGCCGCUUCCCUCCCAGCGCCCGAAAGCCGCGGGGCGCGGAGCUCCGUAAGCCGGGGCCGAACUGCGCUGCGUGCCGCCCCGCCAUGCCGCGCUGCCCCGGUCGUGCCGCCCCGCUGCCACCGCCACCACUCCUCCACUUCCUCCUCCUUCUCCUCCUCCUCCUCCCGGCCCCGAGUCCCGCCGCCGCCGGCUGUGCCGCCCUGGGGCUGUGCUGCCCGGGCCGCGCCCCGUCCUGCCGCAGCACCGGCUGGCGGCCCGACGGUUCCUACGGGCCGUGCUACUGCGACCAGGCGUGCGAGCACACCCUCGACUGCUGCCACGAUUACUCCCAGGCCUGCCCAGUUAUCCCCUGCGUUGUAUCUCAGUGGAGUGGCUGGAGUGGCUGUGCAGAGCCUUGCAAGACCACGUAUCGUGUUCGGAGGAGGCACGUCAUCCAGGAGCCCCGGAAUGGAGGAGAGCCAUGUCCUGCCCUGGAGGAGAGGGCUGGCUGUGUGGAGUACUGGACUGAGCAAGGAGCAGAGUGUAAACAGUCCCUGAUCCCUGCUUUAAUAACAACGGGAGGGUUUGGAAAAGCAAGGAAAAAAAGAGCUGCAGCUGAUGGCAGUGAAAGAGUGGGGUACUGCGUGGAGUUCCAGCUUGUGGCCAUCACGCAGGGCUGCCUGCACAGUCACCACUCGUACACUCACUGGAUGCAGUAUCUCAGGGAGGGCCACACCGUCUGCGUGGAGUGUCAGCACCCGGCUUUAGACUCUGAGAGUCUGCAUUGCUAUGGGGAUGGCAGUGGAAGCCAAAGGAAUCAGCUGUUGCACUGGCAGGCGGUGGGGAACCCUCGAUGCAGCGGAACGUGGAAGAGAAUUCGCCAACUGGACACUUGCUCCUGUCCUUCUGUUCACAGCUUCUUGUUCAUCUAACUCCUGACAGUCCCUGCAAGUGAGCACUGUGAUGGCUUGUCUGGCACAAACACGCAGUAGUAACCAUAACCAAAACAAUGACUUCUCCACAGCAGAGGCUGUGCUGCUUACUUUCAAGAGUUUGCUGUCUGCCCUGGGUCAUGCUGAAUGCUGUACUCCUCAGUUUCCAAAGAAAUGAGGCUGGCUGUGAAGUGCCAGUCUCUAUAUAUCCAUUCCUAUAGCCUCUUCUGCCUGACAGAAGCUUUCUGGCCCCAGUGACUUCUUUCAAAUCACCCCCUCCUUCACAUAAUAAAACAGAAAAAAAAAAUCCUUAUAGACCCAAGUUUAAUUAUUGUUUCCUAAAGUCCCACCAAAAAAACAAAAAAGCCCACAAAAAACCAACAACACAGAAUGAAUUAACUCAAGUGUGCCUUUUUUGUGGCAAUAGCAUUUCUUCAUGGAUCCUUGUGCUCAUACCUUUUCCUUUUUUUUUUUUUUUUCCCAUUUCCCUUCCCCAAUCUCAUCAUUUCAUAUUGAUCUUUGCUUCAUAUUGAUCCUCAGUCUUACACAAGGUUGAUCUUGCACUGCUGAGAUAAUGACAAAACUCAGAAAUGAGCCUGUUCCAAUCUGCGAGGAUUGAAGGUACCAGAGAUAAAUGGGAGUUGGACUUCACGUUUCAAGGAGCAUCUUGGAGUUGCCCCCAAAUGCAGUGCAGUCCUGGAGCUCUAAAUACCAAGUCAUUCUAGAUGUACCCGUGGAGGCUAGCUGUAGCCUUGUGGUUUUUUUUUUUUUUUUAACUGGAAAAUAUGUGAAUUGUUUUCUUUAUAUUUUGCUGAUUUAUAUUCACACUUUUCUAUAAAUGGAAAUAAAAAUGCUCUCCCAGUGUGAGGUUGCUCACCCUGUGUAGUACCAUCUCUGUAGUGGCAGAGCCCACCUCAUUUGUUCUAGGCAAUCUUGCUGUCAACUCCUGUGGUCCAGC